AUGGCAUAUUAUAUAGCCGAAAUAGUUAAAUUAAAGGAAAAACAAUCGCAAAUAAACACACAACAGGUAAUUCAAAACGAGAAUGCACUUUCCGGUAUAUUAUACUACUCCUUGGAAUGCACGAAUGCCACAGAUUACUACGAAUGCAAACUGCAUGCACCACAACCACAGAGUCCAGGUGAAGCGGGUGCGGCCGCAGCGAGCGCGGCAGUGGUGACCGCAGCCCCCGCGGCGGGUGGUCCGCGCACCCCCCCUCCCCCCGCGCACCCCCACCCGCACCCGCCCCCCUCGGCGCCCGCGGCCCGCGCCGCCCCCGCGUCGUGCGCCGCCGCCGCGCCCGCGUCCGCCGCCGCGCUGGCCCCCCCGCCCGCGCCGGCCGCCGCGGUGCCCCCCCCGGAGCCCCCCUCCUCCCCGGACGCGUACGACCCGUUCGAGCCCACGCACUCCCCGUCGCCGUCGCCCUCCCCCUCGCCGUCCCCGUCGCCGGCGCGCUCCUCCCCCCACCCGCACCCGGCCGCCGCCACCUCCCCCCAGCGCCCCUCCAUCACGCUGGAGACGGCGCAGAAGACGAAUCUCUCGGCGGACGACGUCAUCGACCGCCGCCCGCUCUCGCCCAUGGAGAAGGUGAUGGCGUUGCUGCAGUCGACGCGCGACGUGUCCCCGGAGCCGCCGCCGUGCGCGCCGGGCCCGGGCUCGUCCCCCGGAGCCCCCACCCUGAGCGUGGGCCCGUCCCUGCCUGCUAUGGGAGCGGGGGCGGCCCCUAUAGCCCCGGGGCUGGUGUCGGCGCCCCCGUCAGCGCCCCCCACGGCGGCGGCGGCGCCCCGGAUAGUUCUACCGGAGGCGGCGCGCACUCAGCCGCCCAAACUCUUCCUCGCGAAACCCUCGCCCAUCAAGUCGGACCCGAUCAAACCGCUGCAGUCGUCGGCCCUGCCGCGCGCGGACUCGCCGUACUCGCCGGGCUCGUCGGACUUCGGGGAGUUGUUCUCGCCGCCGCGCCGGGACGCGUUCGACGCGCUCGUGCCGCCCCCCACCAACAACACCGGCCGCCGGAGGGGCAGGCUGCAUGCGCAUGCGCAUGCGCCCUCCAAGGUGCCCGUCAAACUCAACAAGAAGAAAGGUAAAACGCAGGUGGGCGUGAAGAUUGACGACGACAACCUCAAGAUCCUCGACGAGCUGCCCAGCUCCGCCGUCGAGAUGCAGGUCAAGAGCAAGUUCUUGAAGAAGCUGAACCGCCAGGAGCGCGUGGUGGAAGAGGUGAAGUUAGUCCUGAAGCCGCACUACAACAAGAAGCACGUCACCAAGGAGGAGUACAAGCACAUACUGCGGCGCGCCGUGCCCAAGAUCUGUCACAACAAAUCCGGUGAGAUCAAUCCCACGAAGAUCCAAGCGCUGGUGGAGGCGUACGUCAAGAAGUUUAGGAAAAAACGCAAACUGGGGCUCGCGUAG